CUCACACGGCGGGAAACAGAGAAGAAGCCAAGUAUAACUCAAAACCAAUCUUUCUCUCCGCAAUUGGAUUACAGAAAUCAUCUCGACAAUUGGAUUACUGAAAUUCAUCUCCUGAAGAAUGGAUCAAAAUGGAACCAGUUAUUAAUUAGCAUGUCGACAAUUGAGUCGAUACCUAAAGAGAAGAGUGCAAUGUACAAUUAUUGGCUUUGGACUAUGUUCUGUGAACAUUUCCUUGCAGACUAAUAACUCCAUUCGCCAUAAAAUUCAGCGCACAACUUAAACCAUUUAGUUAUGUCUCUCAAUAUUAAAAGCACAUUGGUGAACAGUGAGUUCCUACAACUACAAGAGGCAAAUAACUUCAUCAAGGCGGCUUACAAGGAACUCAUGACAAUGGCUUAUGAAGCAAAGACUUGGGUUGUUGGAACUCCAGCAGUCGGUUCAGUUGAAGAUUUCCUUUCUAUAUUCCGAAGUUCGCCUCAAUCUGGAAUGAGAGUUGAGUGUUCCAUCGAAAGUGCUUUUCUUCCAAUUUCUCCAGGAAACCUGAUUACCAUCUUAAUGGAACCGAGUCAGUGGCCUUCAGUUUUGCCUAAUAUUGUACUUGAAGGAUCAAGCCAUGCUCCUACUGGUGUUUUCCAGUGGUUGGAUGAUGAUAACUCCAAGACAUUCUAUGCAAUGGUUGAUGUCGAAUACCAUUUACCCUCACCUUUUGUGCCAACAAGGCAAUUCCGUUUCUUGAGAUGCCUAAAGAUGAUUCCACCAGGUGUGUGGGUGAUUGUUGAUUUGUCGGAAGAUUAUUUCCCUCAUACACCUGAUUCUCCAAUGAAGAAUCGAAGGAGGCCUUCUGGGAUGAUAAUCAGGACGCAUGACGAUUCUUGUGAGGUCUAA